ACAUCUGUAACCCCCACUGCAUGAAACCACCAGUUCUCUCUAACGUCCUUGAUUUAUAUCCAUAAACUCUCUCCCUCCUAUCUGCAACCUCUACAUCUCUCCCGCAAACACACACACACACACAAACACAUAUGGAAGAGAAAUUAAUUGAAAAGCCAAAAUGGGAGUUUAAAACCUCUGCAGGCCUUGCAACUGCAACAGUAGAACAAGUUUGGCCAUUGCUGGAGGACUUCUGCAACCUACACAAAUGGCUUCCCGAAACACUUCAUGAGUGCUACCAUGUGGAGGGGAUCCUCGGUCUGAAGCCUGGCUUGACCCGCUACUGCACCUUCUCAAGAACAUUACCAUCAUCAGAUGGCCACGAGGCCGUAACGCAGACGGUGUAUGCCUACGACAGGCUGCUCUCGAUCGAUCCCAUCAAACGGUGUUUUAGCUAUGAGAUGUUGGACAAUAAUAUGGGCAUGAAGACGUACGUCGCGACGUUGAGACUGUUGCCCAUCAAUGAUGAUGAUGGCGAGUUGCAUGCAUGUGGGUGCAAGAUCGAGUGGUCAUUCGUGUGUGAUCCCAUGGAAGGGUGGUCCUUUGAAGAUUUUUCCUCUUUUAUUGCGGCUAGUCUGCAAACCAUCGCUAAGAACAUGGAAGAUGCCACGUCACUUAGCUCCUAGCUAGGAGGCUGUCCUUGUUGGUCCAAUACCCAUAUACAUCUUAAUUACUUUGUGUUUCUGUAUUUCCACAGAUCCGAAUAAAAAACCGAAGGCGUUAUUGGCCGGGUGUUCAUCUUAAAAUAAAGAAAUAAAUGCAUGCAGUGACGUAUGUAAUGAGCAGUUAUAGUACUAAUUUGCCGUUCAACAUAUCAUGUGGCCUGUGGGCUGUAUAAUUUGUAUGUUCUUUUGUUAACUUUUCAAUGAAAAAUUAAAACCACAAACAUGAUUUGGGUUUUUAUCUAAGAAUAAAUAGCAUUUCCAUGGUUCAAUAUAUAUGAAGUACAGUAUAAUAAUUU